AAGCAAAACUGCGGCCGCGUUGCCCGCUGGGAAGUGUAGUUCAGUGGUGGACCAGGCAGCCCACCAGGCCCGAGCGCCACAGGAAGGCGGGCAAACUGGCGGCGCUUGAAUACCCGAUCCCCUAACCGUCCACCUGGAAGAGUAAUCUGGCUUGGGAGGGCUCUGGAGACGCGCGUGGGUUCGGGGUCGGCUGCGAAUGCGGCUUGCAUUCUAGGCCUCACCGGGUUGGAAAGAAGCUGUUUUAGCAAGUGUCAUGCCAUGCUUUUGCCAACUUUCCGAUUAAAGGUUGACAUUCCUGCGUAAGCAUUUCCUUGUUAAAAUGUCCUUGCCUCUUACAGAGGAGCAGAGGAAAAAGAUUGAAGAGAAUCGACAGAAGGCUCUGGCCCGUAGAGCAGAGAAGUUGUUAGCAGAACAGCAUCAGAGCACAGGCUCGGGCUCCUCCAUUGCUGCCAACCCUUCCCAGUCCAAGCAGGUUCCUUGCCAAAAUCUCCCGAGGGAGCCUUCUAAGCCAGUGAGCCAUGGUGUCAUUGUCAAGCAACAGAAUCUCAGUAGUUCAUCUCACGGUGACCAAAGACCUCAUAAUUCCCACAGUUUUCAUCUCAGCCUACCAGAGCAGGCAAAAGGGACAUGGAAGAGGCAAGAAGAAAUGUCCACAGCUUGCCCAAGCCACAGCCCACCAACUCAAGUGACUUUCACCGGAAUCUCCCUUCCCUUGGCACAAAGUCCUCCAGAGGUCCCAAACCCGCAGCUCUUGGGUUAUGAGUUAGGUCAAGAUCAUCCUCAGUCUUCACGUGAGAGGAGAUCGACACCUUUUGCUACCGUGAGGCAAAACAUUUCUGACGUCCCUUGUGGCUCAGGGAGUGUAACGUCCAGGACAGAAGGAGGACUUCAACCGAUAUUUGAAUCCUCACUCCAAAAAGCAGGAAUCUCCCAGAAGGGAACAUGCAUAAGGAAAGGAGAUCGGUUCCACGUGAAGAUAGGGUACAAUGCGGAACUCGUUGCAGUGUUUAAGAGUCUGCCCAGCAGAAGUUAUGAUCCUGAUACCAAGAUGUGGAACUUCAGCAUGAAGGACUACAGUGCCCUUAUAAAAGCAGUCCAGCGCCUCUCCAUGGUCACCCUGGAGCCUUUGAAAGGGGCCGAUGGCAGCAGGGAGUCACCCUCCACCAGCAUCGGGGGACAAGCCAGCCUUCCUUCAGCUCCGUCCCUUGCCUUUGUCAAGGGGCAAUGCAUGCUCAUCUCACGGGCCCGCUUUGAGGCAGACAUCGGUUAUUCAGAGGACUUGAUUGCACUAUUUAAACAAAUGGAUUCCAGAAAAUACGAUGUCAAGACCAGGAAGUGGAGCUUUCUCUUAGAAGAACACAAUAAACUAAUUGAAAGGGUACGCGACAACCUUCCACAAGUUCAGCUGGAUCCCCUGCCCAAAACGCUCACCCUGGCUUUUGCUUCUCAGCUGGUGAAGACAUCUCUUCAUCCCACGGCAGAUGUCCCAGAGGCAGACCUUUCUGAAGUGGACCCCAAGCUCGUGUUCAAUCUGAUGCCCUUUCAGAGAGCUGGCGUCAAUUUUGCCAUAGCAAAAGGAGGCCGCCUGCUGCUUGCCGAUGACAUGGGCCUGGGGAAGACCAUCCAAGCUAUCUGCAUAGCAGCCUUCUACCGGAAGGAGUGGCCACUCCUGGUGGUGGUACCUUCCUCUGUGCGCUUCACCUGGGAGCAG